AUGAGGCGGCGGCGCGGCGGCGGCGCGGCCCCGGCCGAGCCCUGCGGGGUGUGGCUGGACACGGCCGAGCUGAAGCGGGGCCCGGCGCGGCCCCUCAGUGCCAAGCCCAAAGCACCCACCCGAACUGCCCAGAGGAAGCUGCCACGGCCUGGCACCAGGCAAAGCACCAUCCCCACCUUCUUCAGCCCCCACACAGAUGACAGAGACAAAGAAAACUCCAGGCCUGCUCCCUGCACCCCAAAUAAAGACUGUGAGGCCUCUGGGGCUCCUCUGGCUGCCUGUCCUGUGAAGAUCCUGGCACUGCCACGGCUGGAGAGAGCCCAGGAAGAGCCCCCUGGAGCCCAGCAGGGCGUGCAGGGCUCAUGGAAAACACCUCAGGCUGCCCUGGAGCUGCAAGGGGAGUCUCAGAGCCAGAGCAAAUCCUGCUGUGGGGCUGGGGAGGAUUCCUGGUGCUGCAGCUUCUGCCAGGGCUCAGAGCACAGCAGGAUCAUCACUCCCAGGAACAAAUCCCAGUUAUUUCCUGCAGAAAGGGCCUCAGGGAGCAGGACAGCACAGCCCUGGGGCACAGUGAGCUCUGGGCUGGCUUUGGCUGGGACUGAGAACACAAAUCCUGGCCCAGGGGCUGCUCCCAGCAGGGUUUGCUGCUCUCCCCAGAGCCCAGGGAGAGCUCAGCCCCUCAGGGAGCUGGGCCAGGCCCUGGGGGGAGCCUGCAGGCAGCUCUGGUGCCAGGAGUCCCAGGGGAGCAGGGUGAUUGCCCACAGGGGCAGGGCCAGCUCCCCCAGCCCCAGGCAGCAGCAGGAGCCGGGCUCUGAGCCCCUGUUCACACAGGACUCCGAGGGGAACAGGGUCAUCAAACACUGAGUGGGCUGGGGGGGCUGCACAUGAACCCAGUGGUGCAGCCCCUCUGUGCUCUCUGAGCCAUUGCUUUAACCCAAAUAAAACCUUUGUUCCUAAGGGUGUGGCUGUUUCAGUCAGGGAGAACAUUCCCAGAGCAGGGGCUCUGCUGGCAGGCCCCAAAAAUCCAGCAAAUGCUGCAGAGGAGCCUUGUGGGGACAGGGACAGUGAUCACAGCACCAGGGGCUCUGGGGGGCAUCCAGGAGGGGAGCAGCUCUCUCUAAACUGGCAACUUUUCCACCUCCCUUCCCUCUGCCACAAAAGUCUCUUGUUUUCAAAGUGGGGAUGAUGAUUUAAUUUUUCAAGGAAAUCAAGGUGGAUUUAGGAAGCCCCUGAGUAUCUGGGAUUCCACCCCCCCAACCCCAUCAAUGACCCCACACACCAUCAGUGUCUUAUUAAGGCUCCAUUUUAUAGAAAGGAAAAAAAAAAAUCAUAUUUUAAAUACAGCCAUGAGGGGCAGUGCAGGGAACGUGGAGCUGGGGGAGAGCUCUGGGUGAGGGGGAACUGCAGCCACAGCCAAGGCCAAGCUCUCCCUCCCCUGGGCUGCUUGGCCCUUUGCACUGGUGCAAGGUCAAUCAAGAGACCUUUGGGGGGUGAAAUAAAACACAGGGACUGGUAAUGGAACAUUAAAUUACUGGCAAGAAAUUAAGGCCAUUCUGUCAUGCAACUGUGGGGGCUGAUCUGUGAGAGAAAAAACACCCAGGGCUCAGGGGAUCCCUCAGAACAAAGCCAGGGGGGUUUGGGGGAAAAAUAAAAAUAUUUUCCAACAUCCCCCAAAGGCCUGGAGAGCUGGAAGCACUCCUGAGCAGGAUGGAGGAGUGCAGGGUUUGUCCUGCUCACCCUGCACAGGGACUGGUUUUAUCCUCACAGCUCAGUGCUUAACUGCAACCUAAGGAAAAGUGCAGGUAGAAAACUUCCUCCAGGAGAUCCUCACCAACACCAAAA